CAGGCCUAGUACAGGGUCAGGACUUCCACUACGGUGCUUUGUCAGCGGAGACCAUGUGGGGAGCAGGGAUGAGAUAGUCCUGUUCUUCUCAGCCAGGAAGGGUACCUACGGUACCCGAAAACAACCAUGGCGUGGAAAACACUUCCCAUUUACCUGUUGUUGCUGCUGUCUGUUUUCGUGAUUCAGCAAGUUUCAUCUCAAGAUUUAUCAAGCUGUGCAGGGAGAUGUGGGGAAGGGUAUUCUAGAGAUGCCACCUGCAACUGUGAUUAUAACUGUCAACACUACAUGGAGUGCUGCCCUGAUUUCAAGAGAGUCUGCACUGUGGAGCUUUCCUGUAAAGGCCGCUGCUUUGAGUCCUUCGAGAGAGGGAGGGAGUGUGACUGCGACGCCCAGUGUAAGAAGUAUGACAAGUGCUGUCCUGAUUAUGAGAGUUUCUGUGCAGAAGUGCAUAAUCCCACAUCACCACCAUCUGCAAAGAAAGCACCUCCACCUUCAGGAGCAUCUCAAACCAUCAAAUCAACAACCAAACGUUCACCCAAACCACCAAACAAGAAGAAGACUAAGAAAGUUGUAGAAUCAGAGGAAAUAACAGAAGAACAUUCUGUUUCUGAAAAUCAAGAGUCCUCCUCCUCCUCCUCCUCUUCCUCUUCUUCUUCAACAAUUCGGAAAAUCAAGUCUUCCAAAAAUUCAGCUGCUAAUAGAGAAUUACAGAAGAAACUCAAAGGAAAAGAUAACAAGAAGAACAGAACUAAAAAGAAACCUACUCCCAAACCACCAGUUGUAGAUGAAGCUGGAAGUGGAUUGGACAAUGGUGACUUCAAGGUCACCACAACUCCUGCCACGUCUACCACCCAACACAAUAAAGUCACCACAUCUCCCAAAAUCACAACAGCAAAACCAAAAAAUCCCAGACCCAGUCUUCCACCUAAUUCUGAUACAUCUAAACAGACAUCUUUGACAACGAAUAAAGAGACAACAGUUGAAACUAAAGAACCUACUACAACAAAUAAACAGACUUCAACUGAUGGAAAAGAGACUACUUCAGCUAAAGAGACACAAAGUGUAGAGAAAACAUCAGCUAAAGAUUUAGCACCUACAUCUAAAGUGCCGGCUAAACCUACACCCAAAGCUGAAACUACAACCAAAGGCCCUGCUCUUACCACCCCCAAGGAGCCUACACCCACCACUCCCAAGGAGCCUGCAUCUACCACUCCCAAAGAGCCUGCACCCACCACCACCAAGUCUGCACCCACUACUCCCAAGGAGCCUGCCCCAACUACCCCCAAGGAGCCUGCACCCACCACUCCCAAGAAGCCUGCACCAAUUGCACCCAAGGAGCCUUCACCCACCACUACCAAGAAGCCUGCACCCACCACUCCCAAGGAGCCUUUACCCACCACCACUAAGGAGCCAGCACCCACCAUCCCCAAGGAGCCUGCACCCACCACUCCCAAGGAGCCUGCAACCACCACUCCCAAGGAGCCUGCACCCACCACCACCAAGGAGCCUGCACCCACCACCCCCAAGGAGCCUUCACCCACCACUCCCAAGGAGCCCACACCCACCACUCCCAAGGAGCCUACCCCCACUCCCCCCAAGGAGCCUGCACCCACCACCCCCAAGGAGCCUGCCCCCACCCCCCCCAAGGAGCCUGCACCCACCACUCCCAAGGAGCCUGCCCCCACCCCCCCCAAGGAGCCUGCACCCACCACUCCCAAGGAGCCUGCCCCCACCCCCCCCAAGGAGCCUGCACCCACCACCACCAAGAAGCCUGCACCCACUACUCCCAAGGAGCCUGGCCCAACCACCCCCAAGGAGCCUGCACCCACCACCACUAAAAAGCCUGCACCCACUACUCCCAAGGAGCUCACACCCACCACCACCAAGGAGCCUGCACCCACCACUCCCAAGGAGCUCACACCCACCACCACCAAGAAGCCUGCACCCACCACUCCCAAGGAGCUCACACCCACCACCCCUGAGGAGCUCACACCCACCACCCCUGAGGAGCCCACACCCACCACCCCUGAGGAGCCCACACCCACCACCCCUGAGGAACCUGCUCCCACCACUCCCAAGGCACCAGCUCCCACCACCCCUAAGGAGCCUGCUCCAAAAACUGCUCCAACCACCCCUAAAGAGCCUGCUCCAACUACCCCUAAGGGGACUGCUCCAACGACCCUCAAGGAGACUGCUCCAACUACCCCUAAGGAGACUGCUCCGACUACCCCUAAGGGGACUGCUCCAACUACCCCUAAGGGGACUGCUCCAAAGACCCUCAAGGAGACUGCUCCAACUACCCCUAAGGGGACUGCUCCAACUACCCUCAAUGAACCUGCACUCACUACUCCCAAGCAGCCUGCCCCCAAGGAGCUUGCACCCACCACCACCAAGGAGCCCACACCCACCACCUCUGACAAGCCCGCUCCAACUACCCCUAAGGAGCCUGCACCCACUACCCCCAAGAAGCCUGCUCCAACUACUCCUGAGACACCUCCUGCAACCACUUCAGAGGCCUCUACUCCAACUACCACCAUGGAGCCUCCCACUAGCCACAAAAGCCCUGAUGAAUCAACUCCUGAGCUUUCUGCAGAACCCACACCAAAGGUUCUUGAAAACAGUUCCAAGAAACCCAGUGUACCUACAACUAAGACUCCUGCAGUGACUAAAUCUGAAAUGACUACAAUAGCUAAAGACAAGAUAACAGAAAGAGACAUACGUACUACACCUGAAACUACAACUGUUGCACCUAAGAUGACAAAAGAGACAGCAACUACAACAGAAAAAACUACCGAAUCCAAAAUAACAACUACAGCCACAGAAGUAACAUCUACCACUACUCAAGAUACCACACCAUUCAAAAUUACUACUUUUAAAACAACUACUCUUGCACCCAAAGUAACUACUACAACAAAAAAGACAAUUACUACAACUGAGAUCAUGAACAAACCUGAAGAAACAGCUAAACCAAAAGAUAGAGCUACUAAUUCUAAAGCGACAACUGCUAAACCUCAAAAGCCAACCAAGGCACCCAAAAAGCCCACUUCUACCAAAAAGCCCACUUCUACCAAAAAGCCAAAAACAACACCUAGAGUGAGAAAACCAAAGACGACACCAACUCCCCCCAAGGUGACAUCAACAAUGCCAGAAUUGAACCCUACCUCAAGAGUAGCAGAAGCCAUGCUCCAAACCACCACCAGACCUAGCCAAACUCCAAACUCCAAACUAUUUGAAGUAAAUCCAAAGAAUGAAGAUGCAGGUGGUGCUGAAGGAGAAACACCUCACAUGCUUCCCAGGCCCCAUGUGUUCACGCCUAUAGUUAUUCCCGGCAUGGAUUACUCACUGAGAGUACCCAAUCAAGGCAUUAUCAUCAAUCCCAUGCUUUCCGAUGAGACCGAUAUAUGCAAUGGUAGGCCAGUAGAUGGACUGACUACUUUGCGCAAUGGGACAUUAGUUGCAUUCCGAGGUCAUUAUUUCUGGAUGCUAAGUCCAUUCAGUCCACCAUCUCCAGCUCGCAGAAUUACUGAAGUCUGGGGUAUUCCUUCCCCCAUUGAUACUGUUUUUACUAGGUGCAACUGUGAAGGAAAAACUUUCUUCUUUAAGGAUUCUCAGUACUGGCGUUUUACCAAUGAUAUAAAAGAUGCAGGGUAUCCCAAACCAAUUGUCAAAGGAUUUGGAGGACUAACUGGACAAAUAGUGGCAGCGCUUUCAAUAGCUAAAUACAAGAACCGGCCUGAAUCUGUGUAUUUUUUCAAGAGAGGUGGCAGUAUUCAGCAGUAUAUUUAUAAACAGGAACCUGUACAGAAGUGCCCUGGAAGAAGGCCUGCUCUAAAUUAUCCAGUGUAUGGAGAAACGACACAGGUUAGGAGACGUCGCUUUGAACGUGCUAUAGGACCUUCUCUAACACACACCAUCAGAAUUCACUAUUCACCCGUCAGACUGGCUUAUCAAGACAAAGGUUUCCUUCAUAAUGAAGUUAAAGUGAGUACACUGUGGAGAGGACUUCCAAAUGUGGUUACCUCAGCUAUAUCACUGCCCAACAUUAGAAAACCUGAUGGCUAUGAUUACUAUGCCUUUUCUAAAGAUCAAUACUAUAACAUUGAUGUGCCUAGUAGAACAGCAAGAGCAAUUACUACUCGUUCUGGGCAGACCUUAUCCAAAGUCUGGUACAACUGUCCUUAGACUGAUGAGCAAAGGAGGAGUCAACUAAUGAAGAAAAGAAUAAUACAUUUUGACACUGAAAAACAUUUUAUUAAUAAAGAAUAUUGACAUGAGUA